GCGCCCUACCUGCGGCGGGGCGGCGCAGGAAGGGGGCGGCGCGGCGGGGCGGCGGUUCCGGGCACGUCGGCGAGCCCAGCGCCUUCCUCGCACCGGGACCCGCCGCCGGCCCCCCAUGGCUGCUCCGCAGGACCCGCUGCCCCCAGAUCAUGCAGCAAAAGAGCCGGUGGAGGAUACAGAUCCAAGCACUCUUUCCUUAACAAUGACUGAAAAAUAUCCUGUCCAAGACACAGGAGUGCCUAAAGAUGAGGAAUACCUAACAGAUCAAGUUACUUUGGAAAUUGCAUCUGUGAACAUCAAGACCCUUACAUCAGAUUCUGGCCUAAUCCAACAGCCAGAAGACAAAGACACGCAAAACCAUACUGACGAAUCACUUUCAGAUCUCAAGAAAACCUGCAAGGAAAAUGUCACCUGCUCCUUGUGCUUAUUCCGUGCACCAACCAUCAGUGACAUGCUCAAUGAUGAGGACUUGUUGUACACAGUGAGGCUAAAGCUGGAUCCCUGCCACCCAACAGUGAAAAACUGGAGAAAUUUAGCAAGCAAGUGGGGGAUGACUUAUGAUGAAUUGUGUUUCCUUGAACAGAAGCCCCAGAGUCCCACCUUGGAGUUCUUGCUACGGAAUAGUGACCGGACUGUGGAGCAGCUGAUUGAUCUCUGUAAAUUUUAUAAGAGAAUUGAUGUUGUGAAAGUGCUGCUGAAAUGGGUGGAGGAGGAAUGGCCCAAGAGAGGGAACAGAACUUACCAGAAUGACUUCUAGGUCAAAGGCAGUUGUUAGUCCGUAUGUAUUAAAUGCUGGGAGUAGCUGCCAUUAAUACAUUGGAAGUUUCCCUUGCAAGAGAGAGAAAGCCUGUACUGACAGUUUGUAUACUGUGUCAGCCUUAUCUACUGUAUACACAUAUGUAAGCUCUGUACCCUCAGGGUUGCAAAGAUAAUCUUCCAAAAGGGGAUGGAGUCAUCCAGGUUGUGUUCUUGAGCCUACAAAUUCCUUCAGCUUCUUUGCUGCUGUUGGUAGGCUUCCUAAGCAGAAGAGGAAUGAAAAAGCCAGACCACUGGUUUUACUGCAGCAGUUGUGAACCAUGUCAGCUGUGUUCUGCUGCUGUUCUGUGGCUAAAGCCACAAUUAGAAGGCAAGUCUCUUGGCCUUACUGGCAACCCUUCCACAAUUUUGUCUCUUCUACCUAGUAGAAGAUGAGAUUUUUUUUUUUUUUCAUUUUUUGUUCUUUUUUUUAAGCUUUGUGACACUGUUUUUGGCACAGGAACACCUCAGUGUUCCAAGCAGCAAUUUGGAUUUGCACGUUACAAUUAAUUCAAGGUUUCAACAUUACAUUUGAGCAAAUUAAGCUUUAAGUCUCUUUUAUAAACAAGAAUAUAUUUGCCCUAUGAAGAAAUCGCGCAAUUCAGAGAGACUUUAUAACCCAUAAUCUCCAGGGCUCAAAAAACCCAAUUAAAAUGCUCUAUACUUAAAAUUACUUUCCAAAGUUUUGAAGACAGUGUGCACGUAUCAAAUGCCUCUCACUUUCCAGUGUGAGAGGCUAAUGCCUCACUCACAGGAUAUCGUUAAUAUUGACUAUAACUUCCCUUUACACAGGCUGUGGUUUUCUUUACAGUCCUGUGGGUUGACCUACCUUCUGCCCCACACCAAGGUAGUUGCACACUUGUGUGAAACUAGCACUGUGUAUUGAUUAGAGCCACUCUUAAUGGAAAAUUACCAGGUGAAUUCACCUGCAGUACAGGUGGAGGGUUAUUAAAGCACUUAUUAGUUGUUUAGACUGAUGUUUUUCAAAGGAUUUGGAUACUCUGAAUUACACUGUUUACACUUUAAAUUAAUCAGAAAUCAGUCUUUUUCCUGCCAUUCUUCUGACAUCUCAGGCAAUACUAGUAUGUACAUAGGUGUAUAUACCAAAGCACUGGUGAAUAGUAUGUCAAGACAUGUGGGGUAAAACUAGAAUGGGCUGCUGGCUGAUGCGCUGUUUACUUUCUGUAGUAGAAAUAAUAAGAAUUAGUAGCAAAGCUAAGGGAGAUCUAAUGCUGUAUACUUACUUUCCUAUUGUAAGAGAAUGAAAAAGGACCUCUAGUAAUACUUUACUAUAGAUACUGAGCGAUAUGGUUACAAAGGAGCUAGAAGUAAAGAUUAACAUUUUGAGUGUCAGGCACUAGUUCUGGGGUGGCAUAAAUUAAGUUUAUUGUCAUGACUUCAAGAAGCUGAAAAUCUUGUUUCAAGGUGGAAAGAGUGACCUAAAUUUGAGGUUUGAAUUUUUUAUUUUUUUAGAAAAGACUGGAAUUUUUAAUAACUUUUUUCAAAAAAGCUGCUACUGUUUAAAACUCUUUAGUUUUCUAUCUGUAUUUUAAGGAGGAAGUUGUACUGCUGUAUCUUGUUGGGGCUGCAGUUCAAAUGUUUUGCAUUCCUCUUCCAGGUACUGGAGUUUCCUGAUAGAUGUCUGUCAACUCUAACUUUUGCAAAUAAUCUUCUGCCCUAAGUUAAUGCUCUAGAUUCAGCUUUGAGGACUGUUGUUGUGGCUGGGCUCUCUGCUAUUUUCAGUUCCUACAGAGGUAUCCACUGCCUACGUGCAAAUAGCUCAUAAUGCAGCUUGUCCAACAAAAUCCCCAUACCCUGGGCCAACUGCAUACAUGAUUUAGGAUCGUAUGUCUGUGUGUCAAGUUUUAAUUCUGAGUGAUGAGUGCUGGCAUGUGUGCCAAAGGCUCUUCCCUCCCAUAGCUUACCACAGCUAUAUAGAUCCAGUCCAGCAAGGAGCUGGAACCCUCACCUAAGAUUCAGAAUGGGAAUAAAAAAUGAUGCAGCAGCAUUCCUGAAUCAAUGUGUUCAACUGAAAUCAAUCCCUCUUCCUGUUUCCUGGCUAAAACUUGUAAAAUUUUCCAGAAAUGCUGAUGUCUUCUGGAGAUGAGUUCUGAUCCCUCAAAGCUCUUGAAAACUCAAUGUCAGCUGCAAGGGUUCAUGUCUAAUGGAAAUAAAGCUGCUUCUGAGAGUACAUGGGUGGAUUCUGUAUAAAUACAGCUCUGAAGAGUGAAAAUGUUAGCCUUAAACUUCACCACACACUGGAUUAUUUGUUAGUAUACUUGAAAUACUUUUCUUCCUCUUUGUAUGUCAUAAACGGAGAUGUACACACUUCUUUUUUUCUCAGUUUUGUAUCUUUUUACAAGAAAUUGGUUCUGAGUGUUUGGUUUAUUCUUAUAUCUUCUGUUAUAAUGUAUGCUAUUUUUACAGAAAUAUAGAUUGUCAAUGUUUGACUUUA